AUGUGCGCUGGAAGUGGUGGUGGAGCACUUUCAAAUUAUUAUAGACAAGUCACACAAUCACAAAACUUUUAUUGUUUUGGGAGUCCUGGUGGAGAAGCUAGUUAUAAUAUUGGUUUUCCUUAUACAUUUGCCGGAAGUCAAAUUUCGGGUGAACUUGGAAUCGGUGGAAGAGGGGCAGAAUCAAUGAUUCCAAGAGGCAAUGCUAUUGGUGGAGGUGGCUCAGGCUAUAGAGGUGGCUGGAGUCAACUCCCAGAUGAUCGAUAUCAAGAUGAUGCAAUUGAACAUGGCGGACCAGGGGGAAGCUCCUACGUGAGCGGACAUCCAGACUGCAUUUCUCCGGACGGAGGUUCAGUUCACCCUUCUCAUAUAGUUUUUGAAAAUCCAGUCAUGAUUGCAGGAGAUAAAUUGAUGCCAUCCCCAUCUGGCGGCUCUAUGAAAGGAAAUAGUGGACCAGGUGUUGCACGAAUUACAUAUCUUCAUGAUAUUGAAACAAUAGAAUUAGAUUACAAUCAUGAAAUGUAUAGCGACAUAAUGUUGUUUUAUUAUUUAUUUGGACUUUCAUAA